GCUAAAAAAAACACGGAAGUUGGUUUAGCUAAUUUGUUGUCCUUAUAUAUUUAGGUUUUUUACACAGUAGAAAUGGCUGCGGUUGAGAAUUUGAGAAAUGUAAUCAAUGAGCGACUAACUGCAGCCGCCGAAGAAAUAUUAGGAGUCUUUGCACAAACUGUAUCUGUUUACGAGGAGGAGAUUUGUCGUCAACGCAGAUUAUUGGAUACCGUUUUGAGGCCUGAGAUAAAGCUACACAGGACCGAGCUCCCACAGCAACAUGUCUGUGAGCAGGAGGAGGUGCUCACUGACCAGCAGCUCUGUAUUCAGGAGAGCAACUCCAGUCUGGACCAAGAGGACCCAGAGCCUCCACAGAUUAAAGAGGAACAGGAGGAACUCUGCACCAGUCAGGAGGGAGAGCAGCUUGUACUGAAGCAGGAGACUGAUGCCUUAAAGUCACUUCCUACUUAUGAGAGAAGGGACCACAGAGUAGACUGGACUCUGCUAUUGGAUCCUAAACAAAAUCAAAUGUCAGCAGAGAAAGAUCCUUCAGACAAUAUUUCACCUAAAAAGACGAGAUCUGAACGUGAGCGAGAGAGCUCUGGAGGACCAGAACAAAACGGUGAACAUCAGCUACUUUUUCACAUCUCUCAUGUAGCAGAUAACCAGGAUCAAACGAGUGGCAACCAUGGCAAUGCAACAAAACCUAAGCAAAAAUACAAGGGAAGCAAAUCAAGAGACAAACCAUUCAAGUGCAACAGCUGCAGUAAAAACUUUGAUUUGUAUACACAACUUAAAGUUCACAUGACAACUCACAGAGCUCGGAAGCCUUUCAUUUGCACAGUUUGUGGAAAGAUAUUCGGCUUCAAAUGUAAUCUCAAACGGCACAUGAUAACCCACUCGGGUGAGAAGCCGUACGCUUGCAACCAAUGUCAGAGGACUUUCCGGCGUUUCGAACAUUUGCAAAUUCACAUUAGAAGUCACACAGGCGAAAGGCCUUACAUCUGUGUUUACUGUGAGAAGGCGUUAUCUUCGAGCUCAGCCUUGACGAAACAUGUCCGUUUGCAUACAGGAGAGAAGCCUUAAAACUGCAGCAUUUGGGGAGCGCUUUUAUAAUAAGACCAAGAUACAAACGUGCAGCUUCGAGGGAAUUCACAAGCCGCUCAACCCUGACUAGGCAAAUAACUGUUUACACAGAGUGUGUGUGUGUGUGUGUGUGUGUGUGUGUGUGUGUGUGUGUGUGUGUGAUGCCUCUCUGAUUUUAAAUUUGGAGCAUAGAUUGAAAAUGAUAAAGCCACAAUUUGUAAUAUUGUGUUGAAAUAUUUAGGUAUAGAUGGAUAGAAGUAAUAGCUAGGGUUACUGCGGGGGAAGCAAUAACUAUUCCCCAUACACAAACUUGAGAAAGAUGUUCUUAAACCUGCUCAGUGUCGACCCAUUGUCUUGACAUCACACAUCUGUAAAUCGAUGGAACAGAUGGUAACUGAGAGGUAGCCUACCUAUGACACCAGCAUGCUGCAGACUGAACUAACAGAUGAGCUCAGCAGCAGACUUCAUCUCUAUUCUACCUCACUUUUCUUGUAAUCAGGUCCUCUUGGAUUUAAGUCCAAUGUGUGGAGUUUGAAUGCUGAGAAGUUAUUGUACAACUGCAAGAUGCAGAUGUGAAGCAUCAAAUAGGACGUUAGAUGGCUCAUGUAUAUUUUGCAGGCUGGCGAUUCAGAAGUUUGGAACUUUACUAUAACUGCAUUUUACGGUUCUGUUAUAUGCUUUGUAAAAGUGUCACAAUAGCCUCUACUGUGUUAAAUGUUGGCAGAAUGCCUCUACCCUCAUAUUUUGAAUAAAUCAUAUUUUGUGUUUGCCAUUUUGUUUUUUAUGUUUGAGUUCUAAAAUGCUUGGUGGAUUAAUUGUUUAGA